UCAAGCUUGAUACUUAUUCUAUCGGUCUCCUUUGCUGAACGGCUAAAUUUUAGGGACGUAAACACACCAAUACCCGUAGUCAGGCUGUGGUGGUAGGACAAACACAGUUACAAAGAAUUUAGUAAAAUAAGUUAUCAUUAAGCUAGUGUUAGGAACGUAAAUUGUGACUAAAAUUUGGUGGAAGAUUUUAAUUCGAAACUUUUGUAAACAAGACAUUUGUACUACAAAACGAGCGGCGGUUUCAGGCGGAUCGGUAUCAAAACGGUUAAACGAUAUAAAUAAGAUAUACAGUUACAAAAUAAACUGAUUCAAAGUCAGGUCGUUGUAAAAAUUUUUACGAGUUUUCGUGAGGCGGUGAGCUGGUAGAAUCGCUAGAACGUCGGAGAAAAUGCUUUGUGGUAUUUGUUCUGCCUCUACGUUCUGAGAUCCAGUCCCGCUGAGAUCAAUUCAAUCUUUCAUCAUCUUAGGAUCGAUAAAACUAAAAUAUCUGUUGAGCACUCGGUGAUGUAAUUGACAAACCUGCUUCCCUUUAAAUGACUGACCAGUUGUUGAAUUGUCAGCACGUCAGACAAAAUACUUAGCAGUAUUUCCGCUGGCUCUUUGCGUUCUGAAUUACGCCGAGGUUGACUUUGCUUUUCAUGCUUUCGGAGUCAAUAAAAUAAGAUAAGAACCUGUUGAGCACCAAGGUCAAUGUUAUCGACUAACCUCCUCUAACAUUACUAGCCUUGUGUCACAAUUUGAAACAUUAUUAUUAUCCUAAUGGAAUUAAAUAGCAAGACCGUGUUGUUUAAUACUAGAUUAACCUGAAAAACCAUUGUGAAAAUUGAUGAGUAUUUGGGUGCUAUUUCUUCUAGAAGGUUGCACGGCCACGUAAAUGACUCCUCGUUGAUACGUAAUAUUUAUUUUGCAAGAUGAUAACUUCUCGAGUUACCAAGGAUUGGAUCGAUCGCAAAAGUGAAUUGAUUUAUUUGAACGUGUUUCUGAAAGUAUUAAAUUACAUUAGCGACUUUUUGACUUACGACACCGGUGUCAUUCAGGCGGGAAGUAAUUGCUAAAGACACCGCCUUUUAAUGUGUGUUUAUAAUUAGUGCAGCUAAUCUAAUUAUAUUUUCUUUGAUAAUUAUUAUCUCAUUAAUAGGUGAACGUUGAUUUGUGUGGAUAGCGUAUGGCAGCUCAGUCGGUGUUCCAUCAUCUCCACGAUCAAAUGUUUUGCUUCAUCACAAAAUACCAAUUAGUCGCCAAUUAGUUGUUCACUUAUUUUACAAGACAAGGAAAAGUCGAUUUUUUUUUAUUACCAACGAAUGAGUGAAUGAAUAACUUUGCUGACCAUUCUUCAUUUUCCAAUUGACUAUCAGGUCUAAAUCGCCUAACCUGUACGAAAGGAUUUGCCUAAAAAAAGAUAGUGGUUUCUGACGGUGAGAUUCGUUCAAAAGACUUAACAACAAAAAAAUAAUAAGGCAUAGGAAAAACAUGCAUCUUGCAUUCAAAAUGAGACGUGUAAUCGUAAAAAUUUACUGAUCUUCCACAGCAGGUUAGCAGAAGACUUCUUGAUUUUACUAGGAACCUUUCCACCAAUCAUUUAUCGAAUCUUUUUUCUUCAUCUUUCAGCCGACAUAUCUAUCAACCAGACUUACGUUCCUUUAACGUCCAAAGUGAAACGGCUCUUGUUUUACAAUAACAUGCAAUUGAGAAGAAGAUCCAAACAAAAGAAAACAAGUAUUCGAGUAGUAAGUAGAAAAUAUAGCUACAUCGUAUAUUAAGUACACGUCUGCAGUCCAUGAUUAUGUGAAACAAAACCUGAACCAUAAUAGUGACUAAUUAAUUAAUAUGGAGGACAUUAAUUACUUUUGACACAACUGUUUUUAACAAUGGAGAACAAAAGGACAGUGAUGAGAAACUUUUUAUGAAUAUGUGAAUAAAAAAAAACUUAACUAAUUAUAGUUAAGAGAUUGUACUAACAUUUCUCAACCUUUAAAGAAUUCUUCGAAUAUUAAUUAAUAUGGAGGACGUUAAUUACUUGGACACUUCUAAUACAACUGUUUUUAACAGUGGAGAUACAUUAACAGAGACAGACGGUGAUGAAAAGCCUUUAAUUAGUGAAACAUUUACUAAACAGAAAUCAUCAAACAGCAAUAUUGCUAAAUUUCGUUGUGAGAUUUGUAGGAAAAUUUUCACUUCAGAAUAUGAAGUUCUUACACACAAAGAGAUUCACAACAAGGAAAAACCAUUCCACUGUGAAGUAUGUGGCAAGUCCUUUGUCUAUAACAGUGACUUCACAAGACAUAAAAGGAUUCACACUAGUGAAAGACCCUAUCUUUGUGAAAUUUGUGGGAAAUCCUUCACACAAAAUUCUCACCUUCUGAACCAUAUACGUAGUCACACCGGAGAGAAACUGUUUCCUUGUGAAAUAUGCGGAAAAUAUUUGGUAUCUAACAGUAGUUUAACGAAACACAUGAGAAUCCACACUGGAGAAAAGCCAUAUCAUUGUGAAAUCUGUGCCAAGUCCUUCUCUGAUAAUGCUAAUCUUGUCGUCCACGUCAGAAUACACACAGGAGAAAAACCGUUUCACUGUGAAAUGUGUGGGAAAUCAUUUACUACUAAUUCUAAACUUACAGUACAUAAACGUUGUCACACUGGUGAGAAACAGUUCCACUGUGAGAUAUGCGGGAAGUCUUUUAUUCAGAAUUCUAAACUAACAAUCCAUAAACGGACCCACACUGGUGAAAAAUUGUUUCACUGUGAAAUCUGUUUGAAAUCUUUUUCUUCUAACAGUGUCUUAACGAAACAUAAGAGUUUACACUCCGGAGAAAAACGCUUUCACUGUGAAACGUGUGGCAAAUAUUUUGCUCAGAAAUCUUUUAUUAUUCACAAUUGUAGUCAGGUUGGGAAAAAACCCCUAACGUGAUGAAUUAUGUGGGCAUUAUUUUGUUGAUGACAGUAAUUUUGGUUUCAAAUUUUGGCACAAGGCCAGCAAGAUGGAGUAAAUAGAUUACAUCAACGCCAUAAUAGUAAUGAAAGGAGAAGUCAGCCUCUACAGAAUUUGAACUCAGAACAUAAAGUCAGAGCAAACACUAUACUUUCAUAUAUAUUGGUUUGUGAGAGAGAAUAGGUUGAUUACAUCAACCCCAGUGCUUGUCUGAUCGACCCCAGAAAAGAUGAAAAGCAAAGUCAACCUCAGUGGAAAUUGAACUCAGAAGGUAAAGACAGUUUUAUUGUGAAAUGUGCAGUAAAUCUUUUAUUUAGAAUUCUAAACUAACAAGCCAUAAAUGGACCCACACUGGUGAAAAACUGUUUGACUAUGAAAUCUGUUUGAAAUCAUUUUCUCCUCACAGUGUCUUAAAACAUAAAAGUUUACACUCUGGAGAAAAACACUUCCACUGUGAAAUGCGUGGUGAAUAUUUUGCUUAGAAAUCUUUUGUUAUCUACAGUUUUCUGGUGCACCAGUCCUCAAUCAAACCGUCCACCCCAUGCCAGCAUGGAAAGCAGACGUUAAACAAUGAUGAUCUGAGAGAAAGAUCUAUUUGCCCUUAAUAUAUUACAGACAUGAAGGCACACGGCUCAAUGGUUAGAAGGAGAGAUGUGAAACUUGGGGAAGAUUAUUUUCUCUCAUCAGAAAUAUUGUUAAACAUAAGCAAAUAUAUGUGGAGGAAGGAAAAGGUUAUUGAAAUGAUUUGUUGAAUAUAUUUGGUCUGUAACUAGAAAUGAAAAGAAGAGGAAGUCUUAAGAAUUAAUGUGUUGAAACUGGAAGUGGGUAUUUGGGAGUUGACUGUAAUAGAAGCAUAUCUCAAUUUAUACCUUUUCUUCACAUCGUUUUGAACCCUUUAACAUUUAAACCGGCCAUAUCUGACCCAAAUAUUCCAACUGUUUUAUGUUCAAGCUGGCUAGAUGUGGCCUCUCACACUAACCCUACAAUACAUUCUAAAAAUUGGGAGUUACUCAAAAUCUCAAAGCUAUCACAUAAUGCAUGAUUAAUUCAAAGCAAUGUGAAUAAAUAAGCAUUACAUUGGCUCAGUGGUUCGAGUGCUGGGCUCACAAUCAUGAGGCAGUGAGUUCAAUUCGCAGACCAGGCUGUGUGUUGUGUUCUUGAGCAAGGCACUUUAUUUCACAUCACUCCAGUUCACUCAGCUCCAUUGGCCUUUCUCUUGGAUAACAUCAGUGGUGUGGAAAGGGAAGAUUGUUAUGCAUGGGUAACUACUGGUCUUCCACAAACAACCUUACCUGGACUUUUGCUUCAGAGGGGAACUUACUAGGUGCAACUUCAUGGCCAUUCAUAACCAAAAGGGGUCUUUACCCUAUAUACAUAUAAUGGCAUGGAGAAAGGAGGCUGGUAUGCAUGGUCGACUGCUGGUCUUCUAUAAACAAAUCUGCACCUUUGAUGGGAUCUUCUAGGUGCAGUUCCAUGGCCCUUCAUGACUGAAGGGGACCUUUUACAUUUGACAGAAUAAUGUGAAGGACCUUAACAGAAAGAAAACCUCGGCUUCAGUCGGUUUGUCUGACCCUAACCAAUACCGAAAUACAAAAACCAAAUAAAAUACCUGUGAAAAUACGUACAAAAUACCUGUGAAAAUACGUACAAAUCAUUUAUUAUCACAGAUGUAAACUAAUAAAUUCUUUUUUUAAUAUUU